AUAUUAAACUCCUUAGUAAACCCAUUAUUUGAUAAUUUAAAAUGACGGUUGAUAUUCAAGGAGUAGAUGAAUCAGAAGCGUUUAAUUUUUUUGGACUUGGAGGAUGUAAUGAAGUUGGUAGAUCAUGUCAUAUAAUUGAAUAUAAGAAUAAAGUAAUAAUGCUUGAUGCUGGGAUUCAUCCUGCACUUUCAGGUCAUGCAUCAUUUCCAUUUUAUGAUGAAUAUGAUUUAUCAAAAGUUGAUAUUUUAUUAAUUAGUCAUUUUCAUUUAGAUCAUGCGGGAUCUUUACCAUAUGUAAUGCAACAUACAAAUUUUAAGGGGAAAGUAUUUAUGACCCAUGCAACAAAAGCAGUUUAUAGAUGGUUAUUACAAGAUUUUGUAAGAGUUACAUCAAUUGGAGGUGAAAAUAGAUCAGAAGGUGGUGGAGGAUCAACUGAUGGUUCAAGUAAUUUAUAUACUGAUGAUGAUAUUAUGAAUUCAUUUGAUAGAAUAGAAACAAUAGAUUAUCAUUCAACUAUUGAAUUUGAUGGUAUAAGAUUUACUGCAUUUCAUGCUGGACAUGUACUUGGUGCAUGUAUGUAUUUUAUAGAAAUUGGAGGUUUAAAAGUAUUAUUUACAGGAGAUUUUUCAAGAGAAGAAAAUAGACAUUUACAUGCAGCAGAAAUACCUCCAACAAGACCUGAUAUACUUAUUUCUGAAUCAACUUUUGGUACUGGUACUUUAGAACCAUUACCUGAAUUAGAAAAAAGAUUAACUCAAAAUAUUCAUGCAACCCUUACAAAAGGUGGUAGAGUUUUAAUGCCAGUAUUUGCUUUAGGUAAUGCUCAAGAAUUAUUAUUAAUUCUUGAUGAAUAUUGGUCUCAACAUGAAGAUUUACAAAAUAUUAAUAUAUAUUAUGCAUCAAGUUUAGCUAAAAAAUGUAUGGCAGUUUAUCAAACUUAUACAAGUGUUAUGAAUGAUAAUAUUCGUCUUUCAUCAGCAAAUUCUGGUCAAAAAUCAAGUCCAUUUGAUUUUAAAUUUAUUAAAUCAAUAAAGGAUGUAUCUAAAUUUCAAGAUUUUGGACCUUCAGUUGUUGUAGCAUCUCCAGGUAUGUUACAAGGUGGAAUUUCAAGACAAUUACUUGAAAGAUGGUCUCCUGAUCCAAAAAAUUUGGUUGUAAUGACAGGAUUUUCUGUUGAAGGUACAAUGGCAAAAGAAUUAUUAAAGGAACCUCAUACAAUUCAAUCAUUUGUAAAUCCUGAAUUAACAAUUCCUAGAAGAAUUAAUGUUCAAGAUAUAUCAUUUGCUGCUCAUGUAGAUUUUCAACAAAAUACAUCUUUUAUUGAAAAGGUUAAUCCUCUGAAAAUUAUUUUAGUUCAUGGAGAUUCUGUACCGAUGGGUAGAUUAAAAUCUGCAUUAUUAAGUAAAUAUUCUUCAAGAAAAGGUACAGAUCAAGAAGUAAGAGUUUAUAAUCCAAAGAAUUGUGAAGAAUUAAAAAUAGGUAUAAAGGGAAUAAAAAUAGCUAAAGUAUUAGGAUCAUUAGCUGAAGAACAAUUAAUUGAACUUAAAAAGGUAAUUGAAAAGACAAUUCCUGAAACUAAUCCUAAAAUAGAAGAAAUAGAAGAAAUGGAUAUUGAUAAAUCAAAGGAAGAAGUAAAAGAAAAUGCAGGACCAAUCAAGACAGGACAAUUAUUAUCAGGAGUUUUAGUUGCAAAAGAUUUUGAUUUAAAUCUUCUUCAAUUACAAGAUUUACAUGAAUAUACUCAAUUAUCUACUUCUAUUGUAAAAUCUAAAAUUAAUCUUAAAAUUAAUGCUGAUAUAUCAUUAAUGAAAUGGCAUUUAGAACAAAUGUUUGGAUAUAUUAAUAUUAUUAAUGAUGAUGAAGAAGAAUGGGAAUGCGUUGUAAUGGAUAUUGUUGAUAUAUUUGUAGAUAGAAAAAAGCUCGAUGCUUUGUAUAUAACUGUGGAAUGGAUAAAUGAUAAUUUAAUGGCAGAUUCUUUAGCUGAUAGUAUAGUUGCUAUUCUUUAUUCUAUAGAUUCAUCACCAGCUUCAGUUAAAUUAUCUUCUAAUUCUCAUAAUCAUUCUCAUUCUCAUGUUAAAGUUGAGAAUGGUAAUGGUGAAAUUUCACUUUUAGAUAAACCAGCACAUGCUAAUUCAGAAAUUACAAGUCGUAUACAUCGAAUUUCUUCAUUAUUAGAAGCUCAAUUCGGUGAAUCCUUACAAUCACAAGGAGAAAACAAGGCAAUAAUUAAGUUUGGAAAAAAUGAAGCAAAAAUUGAUUAUUUGAGUCUUAGUGUUGAAUGUGCUUCUAAAGUAUUAAGAGAUAGAAUUGAAAACAUUAUUAAGAGAGGUUGUUCAUUAGCUGCACCAUUAAGUCAAUAUCAAAAGACUGUCUAAAUAAGCAAAAAU